UAAUGGAAGGGAGGGACACAUCCCACGUAUGUAAUAAUAAGUGUGGAGAAUCACUUGGUUUUCGUUUCGGACACAUAGACUCCAAACCAACCACCAAAUUUUGCACCGCGCUUGUAAUAACAAAAUCAAAAUUACGAAUCCAAGGAAGAAGAAGAUUCAAAGUCCAUGCUAUACCAGUACCUAAACUCUGAAAAAUUCCACAUUAUUAUCAAAUCCAAUUGAAUUCAUCAUAAACAAACAAUGUCAUCGACGAGAGACCUCGCCAGAGUCUUCAAUGGCCUCUCCUUAAUCGCAAACGAAUUCGCCAAACGUUCUUUACCCGCCACAACCUCAGAUUUCGAAACCCUAAUUAAAACCGCUCUUAUCUCUGUCACCAACAUCUCCGGCAUCACUAAAGGAAAGGUUCGCCGAUACUCCCAACCUCAACCCUCUCCUUCUAACACCGCACACGCUUCUUCUUCUUCUUCUUCCGAUUCUCCUUCCGUUGUUGUUUUCUCCGACCAUGCUUCUUCUCCACAUGAUUCAACACCACCACCUCCAUCUCCAGCACCAGCAUCAGCAACCAUAGAAACAGUAACAAGCAGUGGGAUUUCUGCCGAUGCUUCUUCUGAAGCGAAUUCUCCGGUAGAACCUUCCGAAGCAACUGUUUGUACCGUGGCGGUGAGCGAAAGUGAGGUUAUGAGCUCUAGUGAAACGCUUAAGCAAAGUGCAACUACGAGUGCGGAAGUGCCGUUGAGGAAACGAAGACCCAGGGAGAGGAGGGUUCCCUCUACUCCAUUUACUAGGGCUCUUGGGUUUGCUGGGCUAGGAGCUGGUCUUGCGUGGGGAACAGUUCAGGAAUCUGUCAAGAGGCUUGCCUAUGGUACACCUACUUUGCAAGGCAAUCAAUCUGCACUUUCCCCGUACUUGUCUGAAAAAAAUGCCGAACGAUUAGCUCUUGCACUUUGCAGAAUGCGUGGAGCCGCACUCAAAAUUGGGCAGAUGUUGAGCAUACAGGAUGAGUCCCUUGUUCCUCCUCCGAUCCUGGCUGCAUUAGAAAUUGUUCGUCAGGGGGCAGAUGUUAUGCCAAAGAGCCAGCUUAAUCAAGUUUUAAACGCUGAGUUAGGUCCUGAUUGGUCAUCGAAGUUGCAUAGUUUUGAUUAUGAACCUUUAGCUGCUGCAAGUAUUGGCCAGGUGCACCGAGCUGUCAUGAAGGAUGGCUUCCAAGUUGCAAUGAAAAUUCAAUACCCUGGUGUUGCAGAUAGCAUUGAGAGUGACAUUGAGAAUGUGAAGCUUCUUUUAAACUACACAAAUCUAAUUCCUGAAGGACUUUAUCUUGACAGAGCAAUUAAGGUUGCCAAAGAAGAAUUAUCUCGUGAGUGUGAUUACAAGUUGGAGGCAGCAAAUCAGAAGCGAUUCCGAGAUCUUCUUGCUGGCACAGAAGGACUUUAUGUUCCAAUAGUUCGGGAUGAUACUUCAAGCAGAAGAGUAUUAACUACGGAACUUGUUCAUGGAAUUCCAAUUGACAAAGUGGCAUUACUGGAUCAGGAAACUCGUAAUUAUAUUGGGACCAAGUUGUUAGAACUCACAUUGAUGGAGUUAUUUGUAUUCCGAUUUAUGCAGACUGAUCCUAAUUGGGGUAAUUUCUUAUAUAAUGAAGCUACAAACACAAUCAAUCUUAUUGAUUUUGGAGCAGCACGAGAUUUCCCAAAAAGUUUUGUUGAUGAUUAUUUAAGGAUGGUUGUAGCAUGCGCAAAUGGUGAUAGUGAUGGUGUCAUUGAGAUGUCUAAGAGGCUUGGGUUUCUCACUGGAAUGGAAUCUGACGUGAUGCUAGAUGCCCACGUACAAGCUGGUUUUAUUGUGGGGUUGCCGUUCUCGAAACCUGGUUUAUAUGACUUCCGAUCAACCAACAUUACUCAAAGCCUUAGUCACCUUGGGGCAACAAUGCUGAAGCACAGACUCACUCCUCCGCCUGAUGAAGCCUACAGUCUGCACAGAAAACUUUCCGGUGCUUUUUUAGCAUGCAUCAAGAUUGGUGCUGUUGUCCCUUGUAGAGAACUAUUGCUUGAAAUGUACAAGCAUCAUAAGUUUGGUGAAGUAAAUGAAGAGUUAUUAUCUAGUGGCUCAAUGUCUGCGUAGGUUAUUUACAAUUGAUCCAAUUAAUUUUGCCAAUCAUAAUAAGUUACAGGAUGCUUGUUUGUGCCGAGCUCCUUAACAAUUACUUAUAUCUUAAUUUGUACCAUAAAUGGAGUCCUCUAUGGGUAAAUUAAAUUUCCCCUCUUCCCAUUUGUAACCAACUGUAAUUAGGAUUUUAUUCUUUUAAAGGUGAUUGAUUCUUUCAAAUAACAUGUCUGGGUGUUUUUCAUGUCA